UUGCGCGCCGGGGUCGGCCGGGGGGUGGCCAUGGCGGCGGCGGUGCUCGGGCGGGCGGUGUCAGGUGCGGGGCUCCGGCAGAGGCUGCGGCUUUUGCGGCGGGGCUGCGCAGGGCUGGCGGUGGACGACACGGUGAACGGGCUGAGCGCCGAGCAGCGCCAGCUUAGACAGACCAUGACAAAGUUCUGUCAAGAGCAUUUGGCUCCCAAGGCCCAACAGAUUGACCAGGAAAACGAAUUCAAAGACAUGCGGGAGUUUUGGAAGAAGCUCGGGGCACUGGGAGUUCUGGGGAUCACGGCUCCUGUGGAGUAUGGUGGAUCUGCUUUGGGGUACCUGGACCACGUGCUGGUGAUGGAGGAGAUCUCUCGUGCAUCAGCGGCUGUUGGGCUCAGUUACGGUGCCCACUCAAACCUCUGCAUCAACCAGCUCGUGCGGAACGGCAAUGAGGCCCAGAAGGAGAAGUACUUGCCCAAGCUAAUCAGUGGGGAGCACAUUGGAGCCUUAGCAAUGAGUGAACCCAAUGCUGGAUCUGAUGUUGUGUCCAUGAAGCUGAAGGCAGAUAAGAAAGGGGACUACUUUGUUUUGAAUGGGAACAAGUUUUGGAUCACCAAUGGGCCAGAUGCAGAUGUUCUCAUCGUUUAUGCUAAAACUGAUGUUAAUGCUGUUCCGGCCUCCCGAGGUAUAACAGCGUUCAUUGUGGAGAGGGGAAUGCCAGGUUUCAGGACAGCCCAGAAGCUCGACAAGCUGGGGAUGAGAGGCUCUAAUACCUGUGAGCUCAUCUUUGAAGACUGCAAGAUCCCAGCUGAAAAUGUCCUGGGAGCACUGAGCAAAGGAGUCUACGUUCUGAUGAGCGGAUUGGACCUGGAGAGGCUCGUGCUGUCCGGGGGGCCUCUGGGGCUCAUGCAGGCUGUCCUUGACCACGCAAUCCCAUACCUGCAUGUAAGGGAAGCCUUUGGGCAGAAAAUUGGCCACUUCCAGCUCAUGCAGGGCAAGAUGGCUGAUAUGUACACGCGCCUGAUGGCCUGUCGGCAGUACGUCUACAACGUGGCCAAAGCCUGUGACCAGGGCCACUUCAACGCCAAGGACUGUGCUGGGGUGAUCCUGUACUCGGCAGAGUGCGCUACGCAGGUGGCUCUGGAUGGGAUUCAGUGCCUGGGUGGGAACGGUUACAUCAAUGACUAUCCCAUGGGGCGCUUCCUGCGGGACGCCAAGCUCUAUGAGAUAGGGGCAGGCACCAGUGAAGUGCGCAGGCUCAUCAUUGGCAGGGCUUUUAAUGCCACUUUCAAGUAGCAUCCACCAGUGGAGGCACAGCACCCUGACCACCACGAGGCCUUUGAUUAGAGAGGCUGCAGCGCACAACUCUUCUUCCUCCUGCUUGUGAUCCUGGGGUGGCCACUUGUGGACUCUCUUCUGCCUCAUCUGCAGACAGAUGCUGCUGGACUGGACUCUGACAAGUGAGUCAGAUGGAAGGAAAAGUGUUUUUCCUCCUCUUGCAAUCAUCCUGACUCAUCCUGGUCGUAAGCCAUCCUAUUCCUCAGCAUCUCCAGGCUGAGCUUCAUCCAGGAGACACGCCACAACCCAAGCAGGCUGGUGAGCACCGUGCCUGAAAGCAGAGGCACAGGAAGUCAACCCAAACCCCCCAGAUGGACAAUGAGGGGGUGAUUUUGUUCUUGAAAACAACCAGUGCCAUUUAAUAGCAAGUGCUCAGCUGACUGCCACUGGGAGGUGAAAUUGCCCAUCGUGACCUUCCAAAGGGAUUAAUAACUUCUAUUCUGGGAGCUUGACGGCAAGCACAUCACGGGGGUGGCUGUCACGAACACUCACUCAUCGAUGCACAAGCAGUGGUUUAGGUGGUGAGCCCUAAAACCUUGUUAAAACACCACAUCUGUUUC